AUGUCCAGACAAACGGUUGUGGCAACAUUGCAAGGUCUGGAUGGGGAGCUGCCGGAAGCUCUGCAGAAGCUGGACCCGCGCAUAGUGGAAAUGGUGUGCUCGGAGAUCCUGGAUGGCAAGAGCAGCGUGCAGUGGGAUGACAUUGCUGGCCAGGACCAGGCCAAACGCCUGGUGCAGGAACUCGUCGUGUGGCCCAUGCUCAACCCCCACCUCUUCAAGGGGGCACGCGCGCCGCCCAAGGGCCUGCUCCUGUUUGGGCCGCCGGGCACCGGCAAGACGCUCAUCGGCAAGGCCAUUGCCGCAAACAUCAGUGCGACAUUCUUCUCCAUUUCGGCCUCCUCCUUGACCUCGAAGUGGAUUGGCGAGGGUGAGAAGAUGGUGCGCGCUCUGUUUGCCGUGGCCGGCUGCUUGCAGCCCAGCGUCAUAUUCAUCGACGAGAUCGACUCCGUGCUGUCCGCGCGCAAAUCAGAAGGGGAGCAUGAGGCGAGCCGGCGGCUGAAGACGGAGAUGCUGAUCCAGAUGGACGGCUGCGACCCGUCCGCAGCCGACCGCCGAGUCCUGCUUGUGGGUGCCACCAACCGACCCGAGGAGCUGGAUGAAGCUGCGCGGCGGCGCAUGCCGAAGCAGCUGUACAUACCGCUGCCGUGCGCGGCCGCGCGCUCUGCCAUGAUCGAGCGCCAGCUGGGGCCCGCCUCGGGCGUCAGCACUACGCUGUCAGUGUCCGAUAUCGCCAAGAUCGUCGAGAAGACUGCCGGCUACUCAGGCAAGCACACUGCAGGGUCGGACAUGCGUGCGCUGGUGCAGGAGGCGUGCCAGGGCCCGGUGCGCGAUGCGGUGGCGCUGCAUGCCCACAAGCUGGCCGACCUGUCCGAGGCCGACCUGCGCCCACUCAUUCUGCGCGACUUCCAGGCGCGCAUUCCCAUGCUGCAAAAUUAUCUGCCCUCACUAUUGUUCACGUUUGAUGUCGAGGACCGUCCCCAUCGUGCAAGAGUAUCUGCUCUCAAAUUGGGUCAUAAUGAAUCCCGAAUGACUUGGUCAUAUCUGCUGUCGAUGACACUUUGUAGCUGUUGA